CUGUGUUACCACUCAAGGCUCUUUGUAUUCAAGAUUAUUAAAUGUCAAAUAAGGCUGUAUGAAAUAUAUUUCCUUCAAAAAAAUAUAUAAUGUCAAAAUACGAUCAUAACCUCAAAAAUCAAGCCAUUUUUACUUUGAUUAUUUUGUGAUUGUAGAAUUAUUCUGUAUUGUAUAAAAAUGUUAACGAUAUCAAAUAUCUGUAAAAGUACUUCUAUACGCAGUUACUUAUUAUUACAAGCUAGGCAUAAAAAUAAAAUACAUUGGGCUAAGCUUAAGAAAAAAAAUAGCCCUAAGUACAAGGCAAUGAAUUUAUUUGACGAUUUCUACGGCUCUAUUUUCGGUAAUCAAUGGGAGUCGAUAAAGGAAGGUCUGUUGCGGCGUUCCAAAUAUGCAGCGGUUAUUAAUAAUUAUGGAGAUCCCGAAGAAACUAUGGAAUACCUUACGAAUAGAGGAGCUCACUGUCUAAGAAAUUUGAUAAAGGUACAAAAAGAUUUCCAAAAUCAAUAUGAACCUGAGCCAAAACAGACAGAACCACCAGACCACACAAAUAAAUUACAAGCAUUUGCUGAAAAAUUACACUCGGAUGAAAUUAGCAACAUUUAUCCACAGAAUGGAAAUAUGCCAGAGAAGCUGGAUUAUAGUGAAGAUAAAUUAGAUACUGACAAAGUUAAAGUAAAAGAAAAAAUAAAUGUAGGAAGUAAAACCCUGGAUCAGUCAUUGGCAGAGGCAGAGAUAGACACAUCUCGUAUCAUUGACCCUUCAUUAGGCUUGGCAUCAGAAGCUUUGUACCAGUUCCUACCAGCCACAAAACUGAAGGGCAUGGAUGAGUGGAUACCAGAGUCCACACAUUAUUCAUACUAUUCUACCAACACAGACUUUCCACUGGCUAUUGAACCUGAAUCAGAAUUGGUGUAUCCGGAACAUUUAAAAGUGUUCACUUAUGAAAUGCACAGUGAUUGGGACGACUUUCCAGAACCAAAGAGAUGUCAAACAGGUGUAUACAACUACUACCCACUAGACUGCGGCAGCGUGUUAGCAGUACUAGCACUAGGUCUACAGGCCGGCGACAGGGUCCUAGAUCUAUGCUCGGCUCCAGGCGGGAAGGCGCUCAUAGCACUUCAAACACUCUUGCCUGACAUCAUUAUAUGCAAUGAUGUAUCAAUAUCCAGGUCCAAUAGAACAAAAAAGAUUUUCAAAGACUAUUUGUUUGACUUCGAAACAAGCAAUAAGUGGAGUGAACGUGUUAUGUUCAAACGGGUCGACGGACGGGUGUUCACUGACGAUUACGGAUUUGAUAAGGUGUUGGUGGACGUGCCGUGUACAACAGACAGACACUCUGUAAACGUGGACGAGAACAACAUAUUCAGACCGGACAGGAUAAAGGAGCGGCUCAAGAUACCAGAGAUGCAGUCCGCGUUGUUGACCAACGCCCUUCGGCUAGUGAAAGUAGGUGGCACGGUGGUGUACUCUACGUGUUCCCUCAGCCCGGUGCAGAACGAUGGAGUCGUACAUUUAUCGCUGAAGCACGCCUUCGAAUCACAUGGCAUCGUAGCGACAGUCAAAGACAUGACGUCAUCAUUUUCGGGGUUCAGCAGCACGCUGAAGUUAGGCGCGGGUUCCGCCGCACCCAAGUACGGACAACUGGUGCUGCCCGACGUCGCCGCUAACUUCGGACCCACCUAUAUCGCCAAGCUGGUUAGAGUUAAGUGAAUGGUGUAUGUUAUGGUAGACCCAAUAUUUUUGUUUCACCUGAAGAUAGUCACAAGAUUGACAGUUAUUGUGAAUUUGAAAUUAGAAGGGCGAUUACAUCAUAGUUGACAAUCCCAGCUUUUUUGUUUGACCUGAAGAUAGUCACAAGAUUAACAGUUAUUCUGAAUUCGAAAUAAAAAGGGCGAUCACGUCAUAUUUGGUAAUCCUAGCCUUUUUGUUUGACCUGAAGAUAGUCACAAGAUUGACAGUAUUGUGAAUUUAAAAUUAGAAGGGCUAUUAUAUGUGGCCUGAGGGUUAGACACUCAGACAAAAAUUGGAAAUUGUGAUUAUGUAGUGUGAAGGAAUGAAAAACAUGUCUAAGUUCUUAUUUUCAUUCAUUCUCAAUUCAAAUGUUGAUUGCAUUUAAAAUGUCUGUGGGCUUUGUAAAAAGUGUAAAUAAACAUAAAAUAUAAUAAUACAAAUUUUAUUUAAAACACGGCAUAUGUAAUUGAGGUAAGUACAUAUUUGUCUUUGGUAAGCGAACGUCUUACGAUAUAAAUAUUGAUAUUAUUAAAAUCCACACAUAAAGCUUUAACAUUAUAUAGUACUUGAAUAAUUUAUAUUACAAAAAUACGCCAUUUUAGUAAGUAUUUAAAUUAUUGUACAAAUUGAUUCCGUGUACAAUAUCAUAAGUACAAAAAUAUAGUUCCAAACUAUUGUAUGUCUAAAAUAAGUUCAUAAAAUAUAUAUAUUUUUUAAAUAAUAUAUGUAAAGGUAUUAUUGAUAUUAUACCGAAAGUUUAUAACAAAAUAUAACUUAAGAAAUUUAUAGCAGUCUAUAUAGUAUAGCCUAAGGAUACAUUUAUGAAGAUCCAAUAAGUACUCAUUCAAAAUCAUAAAAGCGUGUUAGUAUUAAAAUUCGCUAAAUAAUUUAGUAUUAAUCAUGGCAAAAACCUACCAAAU